CGCGACCGCCAUGGCCGCCCCCAGACACCUGCCGCUGCCUCUGCUGCUGGCGCUGCUCGCCGCCACGUGCACAGCGGCGCCCAACGCCCAGUCCGGCGCGUACGUGGUGCAGCUGCGGUACGUCGACUACUGCGGGGACGCCGGCUCGCUGGUCGACUUCGACCUCGACGUGGAGGAGAGCGACGGCCGGUCCAUCCUCGCGGGAACCUUCACCGUGAGCGAGCGCCUCGAGGACAUCACCGGCACCAUCAACUGCAGCAUCCGCGGCGACGCGGGCUGGCGGGAGAACGCGGUGCACUACCGGAUCCGCGACUGGUGCCAGGAGGGCGUCAUCCGGCGCAUCCUCGCCGCCACCAACCUCACUCUGGAGGAAGAGUGCGCCGUGCCGGCGGGCACGUACGCGGUGCUGGGGCUGGACCUGGACGAGGCGGUGCACGCGGCGGCCGGCGACUCGGCGCCGCUGGGGCUGUACCGCGCGCGCCUCGCCCUGGACGCGGGCCUGGGGGCGGCGCUCUGCUCCGCCGCCGAGCUCGAGUUCGCCUCGCCGGACGACUAG